UUCGUUAGACUUUUACAAUAAAAAAAUAAAAUCAAUGCAUCACGUGACGUUAAAUCGCCUUAGAAAAAAACGUUGCUCAUCACAUUUAGCUCAACAGAUGUGAUGUUGUUAUCAGUAUAUAACUCCUACCCGGUUAAAAGCAAGGUGCAAUUAGAUUGUGUGAUGCAGUCAUACUACAUCGGUCGUUAGUGAUAAGUAGUCAAACUAACGGAUUGCAAUGAAAAGUUCAGCGACAGUCCUAAUCCUGUUAAUAGGUGGUCUAUGCUGCCAUUCGCAGCCGAUCGAAAGUGACUCCGACGAACGAUCUCCGGAAGAGUCGGAAGCGAUCGAGCGCUUGAGAACAAAGUUCGAAAAUGCUUGCAUUCGCAACAGUGGUUCGGAGGUGACGUACGCUGAGGUGAUGGAAGCUGUCGCUCUGAUGCCACGGUGUCUAAGUGGCAAAAUCAAUAUCGAAGCAAUAUUGCAGGGUUGGAUGAGUUUGAACAACGACACACGGGAAGGAUUCUUUUCGGAAUAUUGCCCUGUGGUUCGAAGUAGCGUGGUGGAAUGUUUACAACCGAUCGAAUCGAUUGCGCUGCAGUGCUUAGAAUCUGGUGAUCAGCGAGUUGAGAGUCCGGACUUUCCGGUUUACUUUCUGCCUCAGGUGUUGGAUUUAAUUUGCGAGAAUCAUGGAGCAAUUUUGUUCGCUAACGAUAGUGGAAAUCCAUCUGGUUGUUUCCAGAAUUACUACACAUACAUAAAAAGCUGUAUGAAAAAUUUUGUCAGUGAUACGAAUGCAAAGUUGAGAAAAAAUUAUACUGAGCUAGAAUGCAGAGUACUUAAAACUUCGAGGGAAUGUGUCGCAGAUAAAUUAGGCGCUUGUGGAAAUCGAGACUUAAUUAAAAUCUUCGAUAUACCCUACCAAGCAUUAGUGAGGGAAACCGCAUGCAAAAAUGUAACUUAACCGUCAUUUGUUCCGUAAAUACAUUGCUUGAAAGUAAAAGUUUGCUCCA